AUGCCCCCUACUCAGUCCAACUUCACUCAAAUCGCUCAAACCAUUUGCAAGAGAAUCUCAAAUGUCGUCUCGGAUAGCAUCUUUGCACUACAGCUCGUAUAUUGGCCUUCUAGAGAAUAUACGGGCAUACAGCACCUCCCUCCUGAAAUUCUCAUGGAAAUAUUCUAUUUCUGUCUUCCGUCGGAAACGUUUCCUGAACCGCCCUCGAUGCGUGCGUUACCGCUGAACGUUGCGAGUGUGUGUAGGUCUUGGAGGAGAUUGGCGCUUUCGCUGCCGAAACUUUGGUCGCGGUUUAAGUAUUCGCAGGAUGGAUGUAUCCGACGGGUUUGGGACGAGUAUGCUUAUGGGACGCUUGGAUUGUGGCUUGAGAGAUCGCGGAAUAGGUCGCUUUCGCUUACCUUGGGGAACCAGUAUCGAGAAUGGAUGAAGGCCAAGAAAUGCGAGAAGAUGAUCAAGUACGAGAAGGAGGAUAGCGAACUCUACAAAGAGAUGUUCAGAAAGGUUCUGGAUCAACAGAGAAGAUGGAGACAUAUUCGAAUAGAUUAUGACUUCAACGACCCGGAGAACGUUCUGGAAAUGGAGAUGUCGCAUAUGCCUGUGCUCGAGAGUUUGCAUGUUCAUUUACCAGUGGAGACGACGGCCGUAAUCAUCAACGUUUCUCGGUCACCGCGGCUACGAUCUCUUGAACUCUCGUGCGCAUUCACGCUCACCACAGGAAAAGGGAUGCUUACGAAUUUGGAAAGGUUACAUCUGGAUUAUGGAUGUCGGUAUCUCCGAGCAGCACCAUUACGCGUAGACGAUAUCUUGAUGGUCAUCCGCAAAGCUCCCAACCUCAAAGAACUCUCCGCAGUCGUAUGUGGUGGAGUCCGAAAGGACGAGGCUAAGGCAAUCAAACAAAUCAACCUGGAAGCCCUUCGUAAACUCGCAUUGUCAUUCCCAGAAGGAGACUGUGCAGCUGCCAAGUCCCUUUUGGAUUUAUUUGUUCUUCCUUCGUUACGGAGUCUGAGGAUUGAUCUUCGCGGUGGAGGAUAUCAACUUGGUUUACCUGCUUUACUUACGCGAUCGAAAGCGUCGCUUAAGACGUUUAGGAUAAAGACCUACGCACAUCCCCAUGAUGAAAUCCUCCGCUGUCUACGUCUCAGUCCUGACUUGGUCCACCUUACGAUUGAAACAACAGGCGAUCCAAGAAACCUAAUCCGCGCACUUACCAUCAACCCCGCACUCUUCUACACCCAACCCCGAAGUCAUAGUCAAAAUCAGAACCAAGAUGAAGAACAGCCUCGGAGGAACAUCUGCCCAAAGCUCGAGACGCUCCAGUUCUGUAAUAACGAUAUGCGGUUCUUCUUCGUUGAGUUUGCGGACAUGAUCGCCUCGCGUGAUCGCAACGUACCUUCAGAAGGGAGGAAGCGGUUGAGGGAGGUGAGAAUGAGACAGCAGGAUACGUGGUUUAUGGAGCAGGAUGAGAUCGUACAAAAGAGUAUAGAGAAGGGGCUUAGAUUGGUUGCAAUUGAUAAUUGGUACCGAUGA